AUGGUGAUCACCCGAAGCCUAGUGCUUGCUGCUCUCUUGGGUCUUGCCCCAACGGCCUCUGGUUUUGGAGUCAAGCCUGUGGCAACAAGACAAAGUACCCCUGCUUUUUCUUCCACUUCGGCUGUGCGUGUGGCUUCGACUCUUCCUUCGCCGACGGACACAACGGUCAAGGGUGGGGAUGAUAAGGAAUAUGAGUUUACGUCCAUGCCCGAUGAAAUCUCCGAGGAAAAUCCUCUUCGAGUCUUGGUGGCAGGAGCUGGUGUGGGUGGCUUGGCACUGGCCAGGUCCCUGAGCAAGAAUCCAUUGAUCAAUGUCACUGUCAUUGAACGAACAGAUCAAUUCAAGCGCUUUGGAGGACCCAUCCAAUUGGCUUCCAACGCCUUGACAAUCGUGAAGGAAAUGGACGAGGGUAUCUACAAUCAAGUGAUGGAAAAGUUCACCUUUACGGGUGACAAAGAAAACGGCAUCAAGGAUGGAAUCCGAGAUGAGUGGUAUGCCAAAUUUGAUCUUGCUUCCCCUGCUGAAAGUCGUGAAAUGCCAUACACUGGUGUCAUUGAGCGUCCUGAUCUCCAAAAUAUUUACCUCAAUUCUCUACCCGAGGGUGUCGUACGCAAUGGAGACGGAGUCAUUGGGUAUGAAAAGAACCCCAAAGGACAUGGAAUCAAGGUCGACCUAGACAGUGGAGCCACCAUAGAAGGCGACGUGCUGAUUGGUGCGGAUGGAAUCUGGUCUGCUGUGAGGGCCACUAUGCGAGAUGAACCCAUUCGUGGGGACGAUAGCGGUGUCGCCUACUCCGGAUACACUGUUUUUGCCGGAGAGCUCAAUUAUGAUUCUUUUGACAAUGGCAUGGUUGGCUACAAAGUGUACAUUGGUCCGGGUCAAUAUUUCGUUAUUACAGAUAUUGGCAAUGGUCGUUAUCAGUGGUAUGCCUUCUUGGCUCGUGCUCCCGGUUCGGCGGAAACAGAAGAGAAGCCAGAGGGAUCGUCCAAGUACUUGCAAAACAUCUUCACUGGAUGGAGCAAAGAUGUUCAUCACAUCCUGAAGGCAACCCAAGAAGACGAGAUCGAGCAACGUGACCUCUACGACCGUCCACCUUCGGUUCGAAAGCCUUGGACGGAUGGCCCAGUUGCCCUUCUGGGCGAUGCUGUCCACGCAAUGAUGCCCAACUUGGGACAAGGAGGUUGCCAAGCAAUCGAAGAUGCUUUCGUCAUUGUCCAAGAGCUUGAGGAGUGCAAGACCAGAAACGAACUCUCUGGUGCGAUGGGACGUUACCGCGACAGACGAUUGAUCCGAUCCGCAGCAGUUCAAGGUCUCAGUCGCUUUGCCUCUGACAUUAUCAUCCGUGGCUUCGACACCCCAGCAAAGAUUGUCAAAGCUGACGAUGGUUCGAUCCGAUUUGAGAACUUCAACUAUGCCGGUGUUGUCACUUCGAUCCUACGACCAAUCUUGCCCAUCUUCUUUGCGAUCCAAUUCGCUUUCUUGUAUGAUGGCUGGAAAAAUGAGGUCCAAAUCGAUGGUAAGGCUGCUGUUGGAUUCCUCUUCGUCGGUGGGCUGAUCUUGCUCUUGGGAGCGGGAUCUGUCGGUGAAGCAGGUCUGGUGCUUGGGCCAAUCAUUGAAGGUCUCUUCGGUGCAGAGGGGCUUGUCUUUUCUUCGGAAGGGUUGCUGGGCUCAGAAGGGUUCCAGGGAAUCUUCGACGCAUUGAAUGGAAUGUUCUAA